GGGUGGAGUUGGCUCUUGAAGUGUUUGCUUUAGGCCAACGCCAAGAUGAAGUAUCUUCACUCUCUCAGAAAAGCACGCCCCUUAUUAGUGACAGCAAGAUUAAUCAAAUCCAUUUUUAUAAUCCUUUGCCCUUACCGAAAUAUUUAAUCCAUAAUAGCGAAAUUCAUCAAAUUUAUUUCCAUCCAAGCACGUCUUCAUCACAAGAUAUGCUAUCACAAACGUCAACGGUUAAUAAAUCAAUCCCUCCUUCCCAAGAACUCUUACAACCCUCUAAAACUAUUAACGAAGCUGGGGCUGGGACAGGGCCUGUUGUUGUAUCCGAGACUAAUGAAAAUUCAGCGAUCGAAGAUCCUUCUGACAGGUGCCAAAUCACACUUACUGAACAGCAUGCAAUAGGACUUGCUUCGCGAAUGUUUAACUGA